GCCAUAGCACGCCAUGGAAAGCAGGAAGCGUUCUCGUAGCGCGAACACGCCUGAGGAUGAUUUUGAUGCGUCCAACAAAAACGCAAACUCUGCCCUUGAUAGUAGUUCCGAUAGUGAAAGGGGAGGUGAAGUGCCGGUGUCCGAUUUCAACCCUAAUCCUCCCUCAUCCUCGACAUCGUCAAGCACAGGAGAGAUUAACUUUGGUGAAGACCCCACGAGAGAGGCUCUGUUGCCCAUGUUGGAAGAAGUUUUGCAGAGGAUGCAACCUGGAGAAACCUUUAGUCAUUGCCUCCAGCGUCUUUCACGGAGUGACAUGGAGGAGUUUAACCGCCUGAGCGAACUGCACACUAAAGUCCUUCACCAUCAUGAACUGUUGUUAAUGAAACUAAAGCGAGAAGCGAUUUUACUUAAGGCCCUCGAGGAGACUGUUCGUACAUCGAUUCGAUUGCAGCCUCUGUGGUUUUUGAGAUGGACAGGAACUCCGGACGUCGUGAACGGUCCCUUUCCCGAGGCAAAAAUGAGAGAAUGGGCGUCUAAAGGUUAUUUUGAAAAAAAGAAGGCGGAGGUACUUAGUGGUACCAUUCUACGUGCACAGUGGAAAGGAACUUCUGAGGCUUUCAAGUAAUUUUCUUGUGCCGAGACAUGCGCGUGAUUGACAUUCUUGCAGGAUCAGCUGCAGCCGGACGUCGUGCGGUCUUGGACACACGAAAGAUGGAGGCAAUUACCUAA